UAGACCUGAGGGGAGAUGGAUCUGAAAGGGCCAGAGGUGGGCCUGAAGGGGGCCGGGAGAUGGGCCAGGAGAGCCCGAGGAUGUGCCCAAGGAGGGCUGAGACAGGGCUGAGCCGAUGAGGCGAGGCCGAGCCAGAGCUGUUCCAGAGCAGGCCGGCCACAGCCCCCCGCGCCCGCGGGGAUGCCCGGAGCUGUCCAGGCAUCCCUUCCCUGCUGGGAUGCCUGGAGCUGUCCAGGCAUCCCUUCCCUGCCGUGACGGCCGGAGCUGUCCAGGCAUCCCUUCCCUGCCGUGACGGCCGGAGCUGUCCAGGCAUCCCUUCCCUGCCCUGACGGCCGGAGCUGUCCAGGCAUCCCUUCCCUGCCGUGAUGGCCGGAGCUGUCCAGGCAUCGCCGGGGCGAGAUCCGGCCGGUGCCGCUCAGGGCAUCACAGCAGUGAGGGAGUGAAUGCCUGGAUCUCUCCGGGCAUCACCUCCCGCGGCGGUGCCUGGACCACUCCGGGCGUCGCCUCCCCGCGCCGAUGUCGCCGCGCCCCGCCCCGUCCCCGCCCGGAGGCCGCUCCGCCCGCCCUCGCCGCGCAUAAAUAUCGGGGUGCGGGCGGCGCCCGCCGCAGAGCCGUCGCCGGAGCCCCCGCAGCCAUGAGCUCGUACGGGUACGACCCGUUCUUCCCGUCCUACAAGCGGCGCUACGCGGACAGCCCGCGCAUCCAUGUGUCGGUGCGCAGCGGCGGCGGCUUCGGCUCGGCGCGCUCCGCGUACUCCAGCCUGUCCGCGCCCGUGUCCUCCGUGUCCGUGCGCCGCAGCUACGCCACCUCCAGCGCCUCGAGCUCGCUGCUGCACUCGGUGGACAGCCUGGACCUGAGCCAGGUGGCCGCCAUCAGCAACGACCUCAAGUCCAUCCGCAGCCAGGAGCGAGCGCAGCUGCAGGACCUCAACGACCGCUUCGCCUGCUUCAUCGAGCGCGUCCACGAGCUGGAGCAGCAGAACAAGGUGCUGGAGGCCGAGCUGCUGGUGCUGCGGCAGAAGCACGCCGAGCCCUCCCGCUUCCGCGCGCUCUACGAGCAGGAGAUCCGCGAGCUGCGCUUGGCCGCGGAGGAGGCGACGAGCGAGAAGCAGGCGCUGCAGGGCGAGCGGGAGAGCCUGGAGGAGACGCUGCGCGGGCUGCAGGCGCGCUACGAGGAGGAGGUGCUGAGCCGCGAGGACGCGGAGGCGCGGCUGCUCGAGGUGCGCAAGGGCGCGGACGAGGCGGCGCUGGCGCGGGCGGAGCUGGAGAAGCGCGUGGACAGCCUGCUGGACGAGCUGGCCUUCCUCAAGAAGGUGCACGAGGAGGAGCUGGCCGAGCUGCAGGCGCAGAUCCAGUACGCGCACCUGUCCGUGGAGAUGGACGUGUCGGCCAAGCCCGACCUGUCGGCCGCGCUGCGCGACAUCCGCGCGCAGUACGAGAAGCUGGCGGCGCGCAACAUGCAGAACGCCGAGGAGUGGUUCCGCAGCCGCUUCACCGUGCUCAGCGAGAGCGCCGCCAAGAACACGGAUGCCGUGCGCGCCGCCAAGGACGAGGUGUCCGAGAGCCGCCGCCUGCUCAAAGCCAAGACGCUGGAGAUCGAGGCCACCCGCGGCAUGAACGAGGCGCUGGAGAAGCAGCUGCAGGAGCUGGAAGAGAAGCAGAGCGCGGAUAUCUCAGCGCUGCAGGAUACAAUCAACAAAUUGGAGAACGAGCUGAGAACCACAAAGAGUGAGAUGGCUCGGUACUUGAAGGAAUAUCAGGACCUGCUCAAUGUGAAAAUGGCCCUGGACAUCGAAAUUGCAGCUUAUAGGAAACUGCUGGAGGGGGAAGAGACCCGGCUGAGCUUCACCAGCGUGGGCAGCAUCACCAGUGGCUACAGCCAGAGUGCCCCCACCUUCGGCAGGUCUGCCUACAGCGGCCUCCAGGCCAGCUCCUACCUGAUGACCACCCGCUCCUUCCCCACCUACUACUCCAGCCACGUCCAGGAGGAGCAGAUUGAAAUCGAGGAAACCAUCGAGGCUGCUAAAGCAGGGGAAGCCAAGGCAGCUCCUGCAGAAGAGGGUGAGGAGGAGGAGAAAGAGGAAGGAGAGGAAGAAGCAGGAGAAGAGGCUGAAGAAGAGGAGGAAGGUGCUAAGGAGGAAUCAGAAGAAGCCAAAGAAGGUGAGGAAGAGGAAGGAGAAGGGGAAGAAACAGCAGCAGAAGAAGGGGAGGAGUCCCAGGAAGCUGCUGAGGAAGCUGGUGAGGAGGAGAAGGAAGAGAAGGAAGAGAAAGAAGCAGCAGGAAAGGAAGAGAGCGAAGGCAAGAAGAAGGCUUGAUCUGAGGGCAGCUUUCCAUCAGAACCAACGACUGGCUGAGCUCCAGCUGCAGUCUCACCUAUUUAAUUCAGUGAUCACUGAGGUUCCAGUUCAUGAUUAUGACGUUUCUCCCUGUGCAGAGUCUGAGUUUGCUUGCAGAGCACCCAAGGCUUGCUCCCCGAGUGCCGCAUGGUUCCACGUAUGAGUUCAGGGCUUCUGUCCUUCCUGGGUGACCCAGAACCUUAACAUUUCAAAUUGGGGGGGAAAAAGUGGUGGGAAUGAAAGGUUACCUUUAACUUGCAUUUAAACUAAUUCUGGAAACGGUGGGUGGGGGAAGUGAUGGAGGCUUCAUUAAGUACGUGCAAUAAAGCAGUCAAUAAAGUUCAGAAAUGCUUACACGGA